CAGAGGCGGCAGUUUUGAAACAAAUUGAAAUUGGAACCCCUAGUAACAUCAACAAACAUUUGCCAUAACUUUGGUAUUUGUUAAAAUUUAAAUUCUUAAAAUAAAGUAAAAUGCGAGAAAUAGUUCACAUACAAGCCGGGCAAUGUGGAAACCAAAUAGGCGCAAAAUUCUGGGAGGUGAUUUCGGAUGAACAUGGAAUAGACCCUACUGGAACCUACCAUGGAGAUUCAGAUCUGCAAUUAGAACGUAUUAAUGUUUAUUACAAUGAAGCAACUGGAGGCAAAUAUGUUCCCAGGGCUGUCUUGGUAGACUUGGAACCUGGAACAAUGGAUUCAGUACGUUCAGGCCCAUUCGGUCAAAUUUUCCGGCCAGAUAAUUUUGUCUUUGGCCAAAGUGGAGCAGGGAAUAACUGGGCCAAAGGUCAUUAUACAGAGGGUGCUGAAUUGGUUGAUUCUGUCCUAGACGUAGUUAGGAAAGAAGCCGAAGGUUGUGACUGCAUGCAAGGGUUCCAGCUGACCCAUUCGUUAGGGGGAGGAACAGGUUCUGGAUUGGGAACAUUGCUAAUAUCGAAGAUAAGAGAAGAAUAUCCUGAUAGAAUUAUGAACACAUUUUCUGUUGUGCCCUCACCAAAAGUAUCUGACACCGUCGUUGAACCGUAUAACGCCACUCUAUCUGUUCAUCAGUUGGUAGAAAAUACCGAUGAAACUUAUUGCAUCGAUAAUGAAGCUCUGUAUGAUAUAUGCUUCAGGACUCUGAAACUUACAACGCCUACUUAUGGUGAUUUGAAUCAUUUAGUAUCUGCUACAAUGUCUGGGGUCACCACUUGUCUUCGUUUUCCUGGUCAACUGAAUUCAGAUUUGAGGAAGUUAGCUGUAAAUAUGGUACCUUUUCCUCGACUCCAUUUUUUUAUGCCUGGAUUUGCACCCCUUACUUCUCGGGGAAGCCAACAAUACAGAGCUCUCACCGUUCCAGAACUCGUUCUUCAAAUGUUUGAUGCAAAGAAUAUGAUGGCAGCCUGUGAUCCUAGACAUGGACGAUAUCUAACAGUUGCCGCAAUAUUUAGAGGUAGAAUGUCAAUGAAAGAAGUAGAUGAACAAAUGUUGAAUAUUCAAAAUAAAAAUAGUAGCUACUUUGUAGAAUGGAUUCCAAAUAAUGUGAAAACUGCAGUUUGUGAUAUUCCACCCAGAGGUUUGAAAAUGUCCUCUACGUUUAUUGGAAACUCUACCUGCAUACAAGAACUGUUCAAAAGGAUUUCUGAACAAUUUACAGCAAUGUUCAGAAGAAAAGCGUUUUUGCAUUGGUAUACAGGGGAAGGAAUGGAUGAAAUGGAAUUCACCGAAGCCGAGAGUAACAUGAAUGAUUUAGUUUCGGAGUAUCAACAAUACCAAGAUGCAACAGCAGAGGAAGAAGGGGAAUUCGACGAGGAAGAAGAAGCGGAUGAGGGCGAGAACUGAUUUUUGUCUGUGGGUUUUUCAAAUCUUCCAGUAGUUUUGAUGGUUAUAUUAUUGUCUAAUGUACGUGAUUAACUUUUCGUCAACAUGUGGUAUAUUAAAUAUAUUUUAAUUUUGA